UUGUUGCGUACGGCAAACCAACCAGUUUUCAGUCACUCAAAGUCCAACCAGCGAAGCGGUUCGUCGUUUGCUGUAGCGUACAACUCUUUUUCGUCGACCAACCAGUGUCACAAGAAACGAUCACGAGAUCGUUGCGAGAUCGAUUGCAAAAGGCCAUUCGUUGCGGUUUUUUUUGUUGUAUUUGCUAUUUGUUGUCGUUUGUACUUCAUGUGUUUGUGAGUUUGGUGUAAAAGCUACCCCCCAAAAAAAAAAGUUGCAUUCGUUCAAUUCUUCGAGUGACCUCGCGAGGUGUACAAUCCAUCCUAUUCCUCGGAUUAGCGUGAUCUUGUUCGGGUUGUGUGUGAUCGAAUCGUUGUUGCUGCUGUUGCUAUUGUUGUUGACCGUGUUCAUUUGUAUUUAUUUGGGUAACGGCCGUGUGCAAUAAAGAAAAUCGUUUCACCUGCACCGCGACUGGCGGCUUCCUUCCGCCAGUUUGUGCCGUGUGUUUGUUGAUCGCGGCGCAACCCCAAACGAAGACGAACCCGCACGAUACCCAAAGUGGUGUGUGGCUCGAAAUCGAAAUUCCGCGGUGAGAAAGUUUUGUUAUUUUUUCUCUUGCUCUCUUUCACGCGGGCACAGCAAGAGUAGUGGUCUGUCUUUCGCGGGUGCGUCUUCAAAUUUCUUAUCGGACAGAGAUUGCGUCUUCAAUUGCACUCGCCGGAGCACGGGUGGCAAAACGGCGGCCGAAAAAAACAGGCACAGGCAUCCGAGGUGAUUGAGGUGGCCAAAAGAAAAUCCCGUUUUCGGGCACGUCCUCACGGGGAAACCACGUUGUGCAGUGCAGUGUGUAUGUGUGCCUAUUGUUCCUGAUUACCAAACGCACAGUCAAGUGUUAUUAGUCGGUUAAAAGGAAAACAAAAAGUGUGGCGUUGCACUGGUGUUGGAUAGGAAAAUGGUGUGCGGAAUUGUGUUGAGCCGGUGUUAGACGUACAGUUUUAUGUUCAUUGAUUGCUUAUCCUGCGCACGUCGAUAUCAGAUCGCAACAAGUUUUUGGCGUAAAGAGGCGUCCGUGUCAAAGAGCCGAAGAUCGUGAUCGUGGCGAUGAUGAAACGAUCGCUAAUUGGAUUGCGUGCGAGGCAGAGGCCACGACCACUGUUGGGAUCACUGUUGAUGCUGUUUCUGCUAGCGUUUGAUGCCGUUUCAUUCACAAAUGCGUUCAUCGUGCCGGAGGAGCUGCCAUCGAUACUUUCCCUGGUCUAUUCCAACAUUCCACAGAUCAAGAAAGGAACUGAUUCAAGGAUAGGGUUCGGAUUUCGGCUUGGUGAACAUGCAGACUUUCAAGUACAGCUAGAAUUGGGUCCGCAGCUGAAUACGAGACCAAUUGGAGCUGCAGCCAGCAGCAGCAAACGUUACGUCGACAAUGACGAAUAUGCUAACGCGGUACGGAACCCAACACGAAAUGGAGCGUCCACAUCCUGGUUGCAAGCGUGGUCAAAGCAAACGAAACAGAGGCAACAGUUCAACAAGGACAAGCUGCGAGAUUCCCUUAUGCCACCGGCACCGAUCAUGGACGAAGGUGCCUAUAACCAGCUGCAGCAGCUGUACGAAAUGAACAAACAGCGCGAAUAUGAAGAUUCGGUCGGAACACUUCCGGCGGAAGUGCUAGAGACACGUAUCAAUCAGCUGAAAGCACUGCACAAUCCCGUCACACCAUUUAAACCGAUGCCAAGCGAACCACGAACGGGGACUGCCGUUUCGGAGGAAAAACAGUCCCAUCAGGCAGAGGAAGGUGCUUCCGAAGCUAUGUUGAUAGUUGUGACGCCGGAUGUACCAAUUAGUACCACCGCUGUACCAACGGAAUCGACCUCUGUCGCUAGCGAAAGGAUACAUGCUAAGGAUACCGGCCUUACCGUCGAUAGUGGACGAAGGAAUGUACGACGGCAAAAUAAUCGACCAGUGAGCAAACGUGACAAAGAACGAAUUACCGCCCAACUGUCUGAUGUGUCGCUUGACUAGAUGCUGGAGUGUAGAUGGGGGAAUGUGUAUUAUACUGUUAAAACGUUACAAUGAGGUUAUGAAUGAGAUGUCCUUAUUUCUUCCUGCAGGCACAAACCGGUGCCCCUGGGGAGAUGGUUGUAAAUAGUUCUUGCUCGGUUUUAGGAUGUGAUAUUGUACUAUUUAUUAACCUUUUGGCGUAGCUUGGAGGUGCGCUGGUAUUGUUAAAAUUAAAAAAAGGAUGUUCAUGAAAUUCCCCAACCACUACAACCACACAAUAAUGGGGGUUAAGAAGAAGUACCCACAUUUAUAAGGAAGUGGCAUCAACGAACGAAAACGAAAUCACUAGUAAACUAAAGCACGGGGAGGGUUUUUAUUUAUUAGAUGCAAGGCAUAGAGAACAAAAUGGCAAACAAUAAAAUAAAAUGGGGUUAAAUGAA